AUGUCGAGCUCCAUUACCCGAAAACCCAGCAGAUCCUCUUCUAAUGAGGAUGCUGGUCCCGGCGCCUAUCAAGCGCCAAAUAAAAAGGUCCGGAAGAAGAACAAGGAAGCCAAAGACGGCCUUCGCCGCAAAGGUACUUCGGACGCGGUGUCCGGAGAAACCGAAACUCACUCCUCCGAGGAGGAUGAAGAUGAAGAGGAGGAGGAGGACGGUAACAACCUUUCCCCGAAGGGGAAGAAGAAGAAGAGGGCGGCCUCCGAAGAUCCAGAGGCGGGGGCGCCCAAAAGGGCUUCACUCUUAGCGGCGAUCGCCCAGGCCGCCGAAGUAUCCGAACUUAAGCGUAAGCUAGGACUAGCUGAUGAGGAUCUCGUCCGCAUCAACAAGGGCAGCGCGGCUGCGGUCGAGGCCCUUAGGGGUGAACUUACCCAUGCCAAGGAGUAG